AUGAUACUGGAGCCAAUACCAUUUAACAUCUUCAUUAAUGAUCUGCAUGGUGGGACAGAGUGCACCCUCAGCAAGUUGACAGAUACAAAAUUAGAAGGAAAGGCUGAUAUACCAGAAGGUUUUGUUGCUAUUCAGAAGGACCUUGAGAAGCUGGAGAGGUGGGCUGACAGGACUCUCAUGAAGCUGAAGAAAGGGAAUGCCAAGUCCUGUACCUGGGAAGGGGAAAAACAUGUCCCUGAAGAAGCUGGUCUUGAGCUUUCCCCAGACUUCUUUUUUUCUCACUGCAUCCCAAAUCUCCGGAACAUUGCUGUGCCCUUAAGAAGAAGAAAACUCUUUUUAAAAUUUAGAUACACAGUUUUAGUAAUACAGGUUACACACUACAAGCAAUAUCCACCUAAUACAAGCAAAGUAUAUUCCUACUUUGAAUGUCGUGAAAAGAAGACUGAAAACUCCAAAUUAAGGAAAGUGAAAUAUGAGGAAACUGUUUUUUACGGUUUGCAGUACAUUCUGAAUAAAUACUUAAAAGGUAAAGUGGUGACCAAAGAAAAAAUCAAGGAAGCCAAAGAAGUGUAUAGGGAACAUUUUCAAGAUGAUGUCUUCAAUGAAAAGGGGUGGAACUAUAUUCUGGAGAAAUAUGAUGGUCAUCUUCCUAUAGAAAUAAAGGCUGUUCCUGAGGGCUCUGUCAUUCCUAGAGGAAACGUUCUUUUCACAGUAGAAAACACAGAUCCAGAGUGCUACUGGCUCACAAAUUGGAUUGAGACUAUUCUUGUUCAGUCAUGGUAUCCAAUCACAGUUGCUACAAAUUCUAGAGAGCAGAAAAAGAUUUUGGCCAAAUAUUUGCUGGAGACUUCUGGCAGUUUAGAAGGACUGGAAUACAAACUGCAUGACUUCGGCUACAGAGGAGUUUCUUCACAAGAGACUGCAGGAAUAGGAGCCUCAGCUCACUUGGUGAACUUCAAAGGAACAGACACUGUAGCAGGAAUCGCGUUAAUUAAAAAGUACUAUGGAACAAAAGAUCCAGUUCCAGGAUAUUCUGUUCCAGCUGCUGAACACAGUACCAUAACAGCUUGGGGUAAAGAUCAUGAAAAAGAUGCUUUUGAACACAUAGUGACACAGUUCUCUUCAGUGCCUGUAUCUGUGGUUAGUGACAGCUACGACAUUUACAAUGCUUGUGAAAAAAUAUGGGGCGAUGACUUAAGGCAGAUAAUUGAAGCCCGAAGUCCAGAGGCACCCCUUAUUAUUAGGCCAGAUUCUGGGAAUCCUCUCGACACUGUUUUAAAGGUCUUGGAGAUCUUAGGGAAGAAGUUUCCCAUUACAGAGAACUCAAAAGGCUAUAAGUUGCUGCCACCAUAUCUCCGAGUUAUUCAAGGGGAUGGUGUGGAUAUCAACACGUUGCAAGAGGGGAUGCUGGUAGAACAGAUCGUGGAGGGAAUGAAGAAGAAUAAAUGGAGUAUUGAGAAUAUUGCCUUUGGAUCUGGUGGAGCUUUGCUGCAGAAACUAACUCGAGAUCUCUUGAACUGUUCCUUCAAAUGCAGUUAUGUGGUGACCAACGGUCUUGGGGUAAAUGUCUUCAAGGAUCCCGUAGCCGAUCCAAACAAAAGAUCAAAGAAAGGCCGACUGUCUUUGCACAGGACACCUGCUGGAGACUACGUAACCCUUGAAGAAGGCAAGGGAGAUCUUGAAGAGUAUGGGCAGGAUCUCCUUCAUACAGUGUUUAAGAAUGGGAAGGUAACGAAGUCGUAUUCAUUUGAUGAAGUAAGACAAAAUGCCAGGCUGAAGAACAGUGAACUCGAAACGGCGUCUCACUAAGUUUCAUUCCAUGUCUGUGUAUGUGUGUGUAACAAGUAUGUACUGCAUAAUGGGUUUAUUGUACAGAUUUGUGUGUUUGUGUUUUAUGACAUUGUAGCCAAAUUAUUUGUUGGUUUAUGGACAUACUGCCCUAUCUUUUGCCAGUCUUUAGAGAAGAUGAAAUCAGGAAAUGGUACUUACAGUGUAAAACAUAUUUAAUGCUAAAGUGUGCUUUUUAGGGCCAUUUGCCAGUAGUGAUUCAAUCUGGUAUUGAUCUUUUCACAAAUAAGACAGAGCUGAGAAACUUUUUUAUAUAUAACAGAAUAUCACAAAAUGGAUUUACAUAAAAUUAUCAUGAUUGCUUUAUGUUUAUAUUUAACUUGUAUUUUUGUACAAACAAGAUUGUGUAAAAUAUAUUUAAAGUUUCAAUAAUUAAGUCUUUCCAACUUUUCAUGAUUUUUAUGAGCACAGACUUUCAAGAAAAUAUUUGGUGUGGGGGGGAAUCCAUUGCCUUUUGUCCAUCAAUCAGCAAAUAAAACAUGGCCUUAAAGUUUGUUGUGACAUUGUACCAUUUGAAGAAAGAAAUCAGGACUCGUAUCUCCUUUAGGAUCCCAUAGACUUGCUGACCUCACCGUAUCUUGUAGUUGUCUGUAUUAGUAAAUCUACAUUAAAGAAAGUUGCUGUUCUUACUAGAAGAUUUAGGUACUACAGACCUUACUGGCACAGUUAGGGAUGUAAAUGGAAUGCCAAAUUUGAAAGGAUUCUCUACUGCAACUUAACUUGCCAAGUCUGUUCUACUUGGCAUAUGCACCUCAAUAUUUUAAGAGUAAAGUUUUUAAGAGAUCUCCUCUUCCACUAUAGAAUAUAUGUGUAAAAUACUGAAAUAUGGAAGCGGUGUAUUUUAAAGUAAUUACACUUCUGGGUUUAUUUUUCAUAUACUGUAAGUGACAUGACUUUAAAGCAAAAUACUGGACUGGGUAGUGCACUUUUUUACUUUUUUGUAUUUUUUUCAUUGAUUUGCCUUUUGUCAGACUGGAUGUUAAAUUGUAAAAAUGUUUAACUAUUUUUGUUAACAACUUUAAUAAAACUUUAUGCUAGCCAAACUCCUACAUGAAUGGCAGACCUGUUUCCCCUUCUCCCCCCAUUUACUGGGGGUGAGGAGGGGCUUUUUUGUUGCAGAGGAUAACUGUAAAAGAAUAUGUAUGAGAGAGGCUUUUGAACUGUCUGCACUUGAUUGUAUUUGCUCUC